AGUAUGCGCUUGAUAAAGAAGUUAAAAUUUUCGUGUUUUGUUCACAUUACCGGUAUUUGUUUUAUUUAUUUUUGUUUGUGGAAGAGUGAAAAUUGGAUAUGUGUGCCCACAGAACGAAACCUGCACAGUUUGCAUAUGUUCUAUACACAGAGCAGUAUCACGUCAUUUUAUGUGUAUUCUGAGUAAUAAAACCCUGCCACAUACUCAGGAUAGCGCAUAAGUUCUCCCAGAACAAUUCGACGCAUUCUCUCACGGUCAUAAUUACAAACUACCGUCAAAACAUAUAAAAAGUGUUUACGUCAGUAAUGAUACGCAAGGACGCGAGAUGAAAAAUGUGGGUUAGCGUCAACUUUGAUAACUCAUUACUAACAAGAUAUAUUUUUAAAAAGGCUCGAUAAUGAUGCAAGCAAGUAAAUGACAGUAAAUUUUGUUGUUGGGGCUUCAGCGUUAUGUACGCCUCUGUAUUUGUAGUGAUAAUGUCGAAAAUAUGUAAUUAUGUGACUUACAUAUACAGUUAGGUUGGGAGAGAUUUCAGUUGCUUGAGCGAUUGAUUUUUCUGCAUCUUAACAUCGUCGCUCGAGGUCAAUGGGUCAAACAUCCAUAUUUAAUAUCUCCACACGAAGUCAUUACUCCUGCUAGAAAAUUAUGUAAUUGACGGCUGGCCAAUGAACAGUGAGAGUCAGAGAAAGGAGGGGCUAGCGACGAAUACUUGUGACGUCACGUGGAGGGCUGGCCUCCCCACUCCGCCGCGUCUGUGACGUCACGUCAGUGUUGCUGUGCGUACCAAACAAGAUGGCAGACGGGCUGUGUGUUCAGGGGACGGCGAGACGAGAGAAUGAUAUCAAAGCGAAAGACACAGUAGAUAUUCUCAAAAUAGCUCAUAAAGACUGUAUGAAGGCUAAAAACGUAACCAGUGUUAAACCGUCAUUCUAUGUUCGCGACGACAAUGGAGAAUUGUGUUCAAAUUAUCGAGUGAAUGGCGUGCUGAGCUUGGGUGUGCACGCUACGAAAAUGCUUUGUGGUGCCAACUCAGAACAUGUGGAAUUUCCAAGCCUAUGUCCAAAUGAGGGGGACAACUGUAGGAAGAAGAGAUGUGCAGAUCGCUACGACAGCUCCGAGAGCUCGGACAGUGGUGUGGCGACGCUGAGCUGCACGGACUGCUCGGCUUCGUCAUCCAGCAGCGGCACCAGUGAUAUAACAGAGCCUCGCUCGCCGUACAGCCCCGCCUCCUCCACACACUCCUCCUCUAACUCGGAGAGUGGUGACGACCAGCUCCAGCAGCAGAGGAGACAGCAACAGCAUCCACAGAACCGACGCACCUGGUCUACAGCCUCGCAGAUGGCUCCCAACGUGCCUUCGGAGGGCGAGCGGGAGCGAGACUCGGGUCCCUGGUCUUGGGCCGGGGGCGAUGCCGAGGAGGAAGAACGCGGCCCGCCACCGCCCCCGCCACCGCUGUCGGCUGCCCCCGCACCGGCCACCGCUGUCGUACACCGGCGUUCAGCCACGUCCGUGGCCGCCUCCCGGUCGCCUUCGCCCUCGCACAAACGCCUGAAGGUGGAGCUCCACCACACUCCUCUCCUGCACGGCAAACGCUGCUGCAAAGCGGCAGCUGUAGCCGCUCGUCAGCAGGGCAAGAUCACGGAGUACUUCAAGACGCAGGCCAAACCUGUAAAUGGUGCCAAGAAGGAACUGGUGGCUCUGGCCGCAAAAGCGGGUGCCGUGACGAUGUCCCGGAGGGUGACCGACGCUCGUGAGGGACGCAAGGGUGUCCUAGAAGAGGCGUCGGGUCCCGUGGGGGCAGCGUGUCGGCGCGUGUCUUCCUCCGCACAGAAGUUGAACUCUCUACUGGGACCGCCACCACCCCCUCCUGCGGAAUCCCCGGCGCGUCCACAGACGGUGGAUUGCAGUGGGUCCGCAGAGACCUCGCCACCUCUAGAGACGGAAGCCCCGUCUGUUACAGAUGGCAACAGUCUUCACCUAGUCGUUUCACCGUCUGGUCCCACACCCUGCUCCAAACCGUCACUAUCUUCACCUAUCCUCUCUGUGCCCAGGACAAUACGUUUCCCAGCGGCACAGUGCAGCAAGGCGCCCACUCGACUAGAUGCACAGGAUGCCGUAGUUUGCCAGUGGUCGGACUGUGAUGUUCAGUUUGAAACGAGCACUGCUCUGCUCGAACACUUGCAGGUCAGCCAUGUCAACCCUCAAACACAGUCACAAAUCAGUUGUGAAGGCGAGAACUACGUGUGUUUAUGGACAAGCUGUAAAGUUUAUGGCCGCACAUCUUGCUCUCGUUCGUGGCUGGAAAGGCAUGUGCUUAGUCAUGGUGGUAACAAGCCAUUCCGCUGCAUUGUCGAUGGCUGUGGACAGCGAUUUAGCUCACAGACGACACUAGAGCGGCACGUCAAUAGCCACUUCAACCAGACGGAAUCGAGUGGCAGUGGCGGUAGUGCGCGGCGUACUCCAGAAAAUGUGAGCAAUAAACUAUUCCGGCGCAAUGGGAAGAAGUUACGCUAUCGACGACAACCUUGGUCAGCUCGCAUGUUUGACUACUUUGACUCUGGAAUCAUGGAGGGUCUACAGCAUCGGCUUCUGAAUGUAACUGAGAAGAUAACUCAUGGAAAUGUUGAAACGGCUCCAGCAAAUGCUGUUUUCCUUCAGAGCAAGGUGCUGGCGCGGCGGGUGGAGCUCGACGGCAAGACGAAGGUGCUGCUCAGGUGGUUCCCAGAGCACAUCAUUCCGGAUGAGUGGGUACCAGAAGCAGAUGCACGGCCUUCGAGAACUGUUCCCAUUCCUGGGUUGCCGAGUACUUCACUGGAGUCGCUGCAUACGGUCCUCUUCUCUAAACCUAAUUCUUCACGGAAGAACCGUCGCAAACAGACUAAAACGACGUGAUGACCGCCUGUCACAUUGUUAGAUCGAUUGUAAUUUUCUGUGCCUGUCAUGGAAGCAGAAGUGAACUGUUGGACUGUUAGUGUAAUUAAGAAACUGAUUAACUAUGGAGACACUUGCUUGCUGAUUUCCUUCUACCUCAUACUGCUAUUUUUUCCUCGCCAUCUUUCUUCCUGUGUACAUGUUAUGCUUACUUUGUCUCUGUAACGGUUGCCUGUUGCUUAUGUUACGGGUAUCUCUUUUUAGAAAAAGUAGUUCUCAAAUGGUUUAUUUGUUAAUUAAUUUGACAAACCACAAGUUUAGUGAAAUUUUUGAAAGAGAGUAAUGUCUUCAUUCGGGUUGUGUGAAGAUUAGGAGGAAAUCGACAGGCAUAAAAAGGAGCUGCUUCGGCUAGCGUCGAAUGGUAGUCUUAUGAUCUCUUGCACCGAAUCGUAUAUAUUGUAAAAAAGAAGGGGGUGGAGGAAAAUCUCAAAUGCCCUACAAAUCCAAAGUAAACUAAUAUUUGAAACUAAAAGGGAGUCAGUGUGUGUAAUGAAAAGACGAGGAAAGCACUGUGUGAAUGGGGCCAUCAGUAAUAAUAGGAUUUUGUUACUGAACAGUAGCUUUCUCUCAUUUUUUAUGCAGAAGCACAAACUCGUUAUGUUUGCUACACAAUAAAUAUUGCUGUACUAAUAUCUUUCAUUGAAAUUACCUUUAGAAUUCAGUAUAAAACAGUACUGCACUCCAUCAGUAUUACAUAGUGAUAUAACAUUGAUGGUUGAGUUGUAGCAUCAGUUUGCAGCAUUUAUCUGUUCUCUCACCCCCUCUGCCUCUGCCUCUGUCCCUUAAAAGACAUUGUACAGUAGAAAAAAAGGUUACGCUAUUUAUGCAGAACCAUUUCAGACAAUUUGUUCCUGUUUAGUAGUGUUAAUGAUUACAGAUGGACUGCAUUUUCAGACGUAUAGGUUAAUGUCAUGUAUAUAGUUGGAAAUGGGUUGAGAAUAAGUAGUAGUUAGUAAAAACAGUAGAGGGAUCUCUGUUUUGAAUGUGAAUAAACCAUUGAUAAAUUAGUUAUCUUUUUGAGAGUGGAGGUUUCUCCACACUACACCUCCUCCCCUUUGGAAAAGAAGGAAAGCAGGAAUCAACCAGCUGAACAGUAGCACUGCCAAAUGUGAUUGCAUUGUAUAUAUAGACAUAAAUGAAUCUUUAUGUAAUUAAUUUUAGUUGUAUUAUUUUGCUCGUACCUUUUAAUUUCCUGUACGGUUAUUCAGAUUGUGUGUUCAGAAAUCCGGUCAUUCAAACUGACGAGACGCCAAAAUAAUUUCGAGUGAUCGUGAACGCUGGAUAAUUCUGUAGUAAAUUAGCUGGAAAAUGUACAUAGGUGUUUAUAUGAAGUUAUGACUGAAACAGAAUAUUUGGACUCCACCUGUCUAACAACUGUUCUGUGUAGUAUAGUUUUCGGGAAUUAAUAUUCUGUUUCUUUAUUUAAAUUUUAAAUGAAACUUUGUAUAGAUGGCUGAGUAGUUUUUGUAAUAACAAACAAUUUUAUAAUGUGUGCAAAUGCAAGUACAUGUGCAUUUAACAGUUAACUUAUAAUUGUGAAACUGAAGGACCUCGGACAUUACAAGUAACACAGAAAUACUUUCAAUCAACGUAUCACUGCCAAAAAGCUGCCAGACACUGCUAAUGAUUUGUCAUUAUUUAGCUGUGUUUUGUUUUUAAUAAAAUAGUGUCUUAAUAAAGGUAAAUUUCUUCCACAAAGUGUGAUCACUGCCACUAUUGGUGAGGAGUUUGUGUUGUGUGCUCCGUGCAGUAUGAUAUACUUUACAGCACUGUUUGUUUAAGUGUUGUCACAUACAAUACAGCGAGAAUUUUCCACUGUGUUUGUAUUCUGUGCCAUAUCUGUCAUUCGUUUUGUCUGAUUACUGUAAAUGUGGCCUGAAUUGACUUGCGUUUAUGUUCAGCAAUAAAAAUAAAAUUGUUAAAGUUUGUCAUACAAUUGUAUUUUUCAGUAACUUAAUACUUCUGUAAAUCUAUUGUUAGUAUCAGUUUGUAAUUCUCUAAAAUUAAUGUGCUUUGUUUUGUUUUUCAUAAAAAAAGGAUGCAUGUCCUGUUUGAUAUUCAUAUAUGUCAGCUAAGUAUUCAAAACAAAAUAUUGUGUUGUUAAAAUAUUUACCAACUCCAUAUUUGCUUUUAAUCACAACUGGAAAUAUGGUUGUAUAUGCUUGGUGACAAAACACACAUGAAACGCCUGCCUGUUGUUCCAAAUGUUGCAAUAAUUUUUCUAUAGUUGUUUCCAUAUUUUGGUAGAUUGAUUUAUUAAAGCAGAAAGAAUUUUUUAAAGCGUCUACAUAUAUAGAUAUAUAUAUAUAAAAAAGAGUGUGUGGAUGUGUGGGUGUGUGGGUGUGUGUGCGUGCACAAGUGUAAAAAAAAGUGUGUUCUUAUGAUCACAUUCACCAUGAAAACCCAACAUAAAGAUAUCUGUGAUAAGUUGGAAGUAAAUUUCUUUCUCUGCAUUAAAAAAUAAAAAGGAGAGACUGUUGGAAUGACCGCUGUUAAUAAAUAUACAAUUUCAUGACUAGGCCUGACAAUCUUGUUUAUUUCUGAUUUAAUUUCACAUAUUCUAUUUUUUGUGGUGUGUAAGCAGCAUUUUUUAACGCUGAAAACACAGGCUCAAUUUAUUUUCUUUAAGCACACUUGAUCUCUUUAACUCAUAUCUGUAUAAUUUUAUGUUUAUUUAUUUAUGUUACAAAAUGACUGCAUCUGUAUUUAAAUGUAACAUUUUCAUGUACAUGUUUCUGGUUGUAUUACACAACAUUGUAUAAAACUUUGUUUGAAGACAUUUACGGUUGUGUUCAGUCUUCUGGUUUUGUCAUUUAUACUUCUCAAAUGUGUAAUAAAAAAACUGAGUAUAUAGAACGUUGAAGGAAUUCAUUUUGUUGUAUUGUAAUUUUGUGAUAAAUAUUGAGUACUAUUUAAAACUCAUAAGUAAUGCAUUUCCAGUUUUCUGAAGGAAGCUUUUCCAGGCAUGACAGGACUACACAUACAGAAUCGUAUUUUUUUUUUUAAAUGUUAGUUUGUGCUGUUACACUUUUGAACUAAAAGUGUAUUCAUCCUUUACUGAUGAUUGAGUGUCAAAGUCAACUGAUAAGAAAUAGCUCCAUACAGUUACAAUGAGAUAAUGCAAAGGUAUGAAACAAGUAGCUUCAUAAACAGAGCUUGCAUUAGCAUCAGGUUACUGCUUUUCACAAUAGUAACAAUAGUUACCAUUCUGAGAUUUAGAUUUGUUUUCCUUUUUUAACUGCAGGUCUGGCACUUAGCUAUGAAUAAAAUUGGCAUAAAGUUUGAUUCAUCCUGAAGGUACUUCUUCUCAAGUAUCUUAUCAAAAAGAAUGAUAUAGUAAUGAGAACCAUACAUCUGAACUGCAAGAUCCAGUCACAUAUAACAUGUCCAGUUAAAAUUCAAUAAAAUUUUCUAUUUCAGUACAACCACAGAGUACCUUAGUCCAAUAUGGAUGAAAUAUUUUUGUAACAGUAGAUGCACAGAAUCUCUUGUGCAAGGGAUACUCAGGAAACAGUGGUUCCUCCCCCCCCCCCCUCCCCCUUUUCUUUUGUUGAAAAAGAAACCUUUUGUCCAUACAUAAAUGGAGCUAUCACAAGGAAUUCUUAUUCAGUGUUACCUUAUAAGAACUGUCUGCUCACAUUUUUUUCUCUUCCUGCUCAGUUUACUGCAUCCCGAGUUACGUAGUUUCAAAUAUAGAAUUCAGGUGCGGUUAUGCUCUCUUUCAGCUAUUUCCCCAUGAGGACAUUUGUCAUCAUUAUUAGAAUCGUGUAAGAGGGCAGUUCCUGCUAUUCCUUUCCCUUUUGCUGCUCUGACAAUGCCAUUUACGGUUGUCAACAAAUGGAUGGUGUUAACCAGGAACAUAUUCGCCUCCAUGAUGGUCACAUUUACGCUGGCAUUGAUGAUGUACGAAACAGGAUAAGGGAGGGGGGUGGGGGGUGACAGGACUGGAGAUUAGAAACAAGGAAAUAAGUCUGACAAAAAAGUCCCUAGUAGGGUGCUCUAGGUAAUGUCACCCGUUUCACAAUUUCGUUAUAGUAAACAGCAGUAAAUUUUAAUAUGGGAAAAAUAAUAUUGAACCAAACAGGGAAACAGUGGUAAGGCACUAGACACUCUCAUUCUAGAGCUUGGCUGUUAAAAUCCUAUUCUGGCCAACCAGGUUUAUGUCUUCUGUGAUUUCCCUCAAUUGCUUAAGGCAAAUACCAGGAUGUUUCCUUUGAAUGGUCUUGGCUAAUCUCUCUUCCCAGUCCAUGCUUGUGCUCUCUCUCUCGAAAUGACCUUAUCAUAGAUGGAACAUUUAAUUUUAAUCAUCUUUCCUUUCUUCAAAAAAGGAAAAUCGUAACAUGUAAUGAACUUAGGAAGAACAGAAUCACUCUUGGUGAUAUGGAAGAAAAAUUGUGUAAUUUACACUAAAAGAUUUUGGCUGAAAAAAAAAAAGUUCCUCCUCCAAAAUAAUAAUUGUUCAUUGAUGCUAUUUUGCAAAGCCACCAUGUGAAAUACUGCUGUGGUCACAAUUUUUGAGCUCAUCUUUUAUCAGUUUACCCUUUUGUUGAGUCAUUGAAUUGUUUCACCACAUGCAAAGAGAUUGGGAUUGGUGUGACUCAUCAACUCACAAGUGUUCAGAAGCAUGUCCGAAAGCUUCCCUCAGCAAUACAGUCAAUCAUAACUGCAGCUGUUACCAGUUAAACAUGGCAUAAUUUUGGGCAGCACUUGCUGUCAUUGGAUUUACAACUCUAAUGCAUUUGUGAAGCUUUUCAUAUGUGAUACAGCCAGAACAUCUGUGUCGAAUUUCUCUGCUGAUGUUUCAAGAUGUGUACUUUUCAGUCAAACCGAUGUAUAUUUCAAAUGGAAAGUCAAGAAAUGUCGGACUUGUGCAGGCUAAACAACUUUAAAUAGGUUCAGAAAGACUAUCACAUUUUAAUUUUGGAAUGAUGAUUCUUCCUAUCAUGUUGUCCACUUGUAGCAAUUUUUAAUCAGUGCGUAUUAUUUAAUCGUACCAGAAUGAAGUUUAAGAUGUCCGUUUCUUACAAUAAUGUGGAAGUAAAUGUUAAAAAAAAAUUGUAAGGCUACUCUCUUCCCACUGGGAAAUUCAGAAGUAUUGGUAACAGUGAAAACACUGAAAAUCCAUAAAUGUGAUAGUUAAUGCCUAGCCUAUUGAGUAGAAGAAUCUAUGUGGAGAAAUACCAUAAUCUCGCAGAGUAGAAGGGCAAAAGUGUCUUUCUGUAAGAUCAGAAAUGAAUGUGUAAAAGGAAUAUACGCUUUUGCUAUCAGUGGACAGCAUGGAAAAUGCUGUAAUGGGUUGGUUAGUGGCAAAGAUUGCCUAGGGACAUAAUUGUGAACAGACCCUUGCAUCAGCAGACAGAUUCUUCAUCACUUUUAAUGCUAGUCAUAAAUGCUGGAAUAAAGCUUACAAAAACCGGUUUCAACACUUACAGUUGUAAAAAAUAGUGAUGAGCACUGUACCACUUUUCGUUAGGUCAGAGUGCAAGAGCCAGUCACACAAAAUUGUUUAUUUAAGGAAAAUGAAAUGAAUUUAGUUUCUUUUAUAACAUACA